UCUGCUGCGCGGUGUCUGGAAGCGGCAGCAGCAGCAGUAACAGCGGCAGUGCAUUAUAUCGAUGUGAAGUGAAUUCAGCAGAUGGCAGUAUCUGUCAGACCCGCGCGAGCGCCUCCACAAUGACACUUGCAACAUUGUAACACUGAAACGUUCGAACGUUGUGCGCGCAGAUACAAUGUAUCGAACGCGACGGACGCCGCCGAGCCGAAGCAGGAACGCCGACGAGAAUUAAUCCCGCGAUGGCUCUCCAUUUCCCUCUCACGUCUCUCGGGGAGCUCCGUUCGCUCGCUACUCGAACCGACAGCUAAUACCGCCAGGAACAGGCGGCUGCGCGCGUUACACGGGGCUCAUGGCGGAGUUUGUCGCCGAGAACUGCGGGGUCUCGUCGCCGAGCGCUGGCGGGAAGUCCGCCCAGCCCGGCGACGAUGCGGACGGCAGAGCCGCGAGCGAGGUGUCGGUCUCGAACGGGGACUGUGGAGUGUGUGCGCCCGAGAACCAGGGGCUCGAGACGGCCAACGCGUCUGUGGCGCUGGACGGCAAAACCGGAAUCCCACGGAAGGCCAGUAUUAUUAAGGAUGGUUCCAGGCGGUGCAAGGAAAGGAAAAAGACGGUGUCGUUCAGUAGCAUGCCGACAGAGAAGAAGAUCAGCAGUGCAAGCGACUGUAUUAAUUCUAUGGUGGACGGGUCUGAUCUGAGGAAAGUACGCUCCAACUCCAGAGUUUACCAACGAUAUUUCCUCCUAGAUGCCGACAUGCAGUCUCUGCGAUGGGAGCCAUCCAAAAAAGAGUCUGACAAGGCCAAGAUUGAUGUAAAAUCAAUUAAAGAGGUGCGAACCGGUAAAAACACGGACACCUUCAGGACCAAUGGAAUUUCGGAUCAGAUUUCCGAAGACUGUGCAUUCUCUAUAAUCUAUGGAGAGAACUAUGAAUCGCUUGAUUUAGUGGCAAAUUCAGCUGAUGUAGCAAAUAUAUGGGUGACUGGACUCAGGUACUUAAUAUCGUACGGAAAACACACACUUAACAUGAUUCAGAGCAGUCAGGACAACAUGCGUGCAUCUUGGCUGGGUGAUCUCUUUGAUAAAGCGGACAUCAUCGGCGGAAAAUGCAUUAGUCUUUGCUCAGCUGUACAGCUGAUCAAAAACUUAAGUCCUGGACUGAAAAAUGUCAAGAUAGAGCUGAAGUUCAAAGAGUUGCACAAAGCAAAAGAUAAAAUCGGUUCCGACGUGAACAAGGAGGAGUUCAUCGAAGUCUUUCACGACCUUUGCACAAGACCAGAAAUCUAUUUUUUGCUGGUCCAGUUCUCAAGCAACAAGGAGUUUCUUGACACCAAGGACUUGAUGAUCUUUUUGGAGGCAGAGCAGGGCAUGGCCAAGGUGAGCGAAGACAUCAGCGUGGAAAUAAUUCAGAAGUAUGAACCUUCGAAGGAGGGGCAACUCAAGGGAUGGCUCUCCCUGGAUGGGUUUACCAAUUACCUCAUGUCAUCAGACUGCCACAUCUUUGAUCCCGAACAAAAAAUAGUAUGCCAAGACAUGAACCAACCCCUUUCUCACUAUUACAUAAACUCUUCCCACAAUACCUACCUGAUUGAGGACCAGUUCAGGGGUCCGUCGGACAUUACGGGCUACAUCCGUGCCCUAAAGAUGGGCUGCAGGAGUGUGGAACUUGAUGUGUGGGAUGGGCCCGAUAACGAACCGGUCAUUUACACGGGUCAUACAAUGACCUCGCAUAUUGUCUUCCGUAGCGUCAUUGACAUCAUCAACAAGUACGCUUUUGUGGCCUCGGAAUUUCCUCUGAUCUUGUGUUUGGAGAACCACUGUUCCUUGAAUCAACAGAAGGUAAUGUUUCAGCACCUGAAGAAAAUACUCGGAGACAAAAUUCACACAGAUCCUCCCAACCUUGAGGACAACUACCUUCCAUCCCCUUCGGACCUAAAGGGAAAGAUUCUCCUGAAAGGAAAGAAACUAGCGAGCAACUGCACCGGCUCCGGAGGCGAGGUGACAGAUGAGGACGAAGGUGCCGAAAUGUCUCAAAAGAUGAACAACGAGGGUGGCGAGCAGCAAACGGUUGUUCAACCCAAAAAGUUCCAGCUCUCAAAGGAUCUGUCGGACUUGGUAACCUUAUGCAAGUCUGUUCGGUUUAAGGAUUUCCAGACGGCCUUCCAGAACCAGAAACACUGGGAGCUCUGCUCCUUCAACGAGGUCUUUGCCAGUCGGUGUGCCACUGACCAACCUGGAGAGUUUGUUAACUACAACAAGAAGUUUCUAGCGAGGGUUUACCCAAGUCCAAUGCGAAUUGAUUCCAGCAACAUGAACCCGCAGGACUUUUGGAAAUGUGGGUGUCAGAUAGUUGCGAUGAACUAUCAAACACCUGGUCUCAUGAUGGACCUCAACAUCGGCUGGUUUAGACAGAACGGGAACUGUGGGUACGUUCUCCGCCCAGCCAUCAUGAGGGAGCAGGUGUCUUAUUUCAGUGCCAAUACUAAAGACUCUGUUCCGGGAGUGUCUCCACAGCUCCUUCACAUAAAGAUCAUUAGCGGACAAAAUUUCCCCAAACCCAAGGGCUCAGGCGCCAAAGGCGAUGUCGUAGAUCCCUACGUUUACGUUGAAAUUCAUGGCAUCCCUGCAGAUUGCGCGGAACAAAGGACUAAAACGAUCCAUCAGAAUGGCGACAACCCCAUCUUUGACGAGAGUUUCGAGUUUCAGAUUAACCUUCCGGAACUGGCAAUGGUGCGCUUUGUUGUUCUGGAUGACGACUACAUUGGGGAUGAGUUUAUCGGUCAGUACACAAUUCCGUUUGAAUGCAUUCAGCCAGGUUUCCGCCACAUUCCCCUCCAGUCGCUGACGGGCGAAGUCCUUCCACAUGCCUGGGUCUUCGUUCAUGUGGCCAUUACUAACCGUCGCGGUGGUGGUAAACCCCACAAAAGAGGGCUUUCAGUUCGCAAGGGUAAAAGGGGUCGGGAGUACGCCACUAUGAGGAUACUUCUCAUUAAGGCUGUAGAUGAAGUCUUUAAGUCUGCUGCACAGCCACUUCGGGAGGCCACUGAUCUCAGAGAAAACAUGCAGAAUGCCAUUGUGCCGUUUAAAGAGCUUUGCGGUCUGUCUGCGGUGGCCAACCUGAAGCAGUGUAUACUAGCGCUCUCCCCGCGCCUCAUCGGCUCGGACAACAGCCCGCUUCUGCUGUUCAACCUCAAAGAUCAGUACCCCACCAUGGAGGCCCAGGGCCUGCUGCCGGAAGUCCUGAAAAAAGUGGUCACCGCUUAUGAGAUGAUGAUCCAGACCAGCCGAACUCUGCUGGAGAACUCGGACAGCGUGUACGAGCGAAUGCUGCAAGUCCAGAAAGCAGCGAUGGAGUUCCAUGAGAAACUACACGAUAUGGCGGUGAAGGAGGGACUCAAGGGAAGAAAACUCCACAAAUCCGUCGAGAGCUUCACCUGGAACAUCACGAUUCUGAAGGGUCAGGCCGAUCUGCUGAAACACGCUCGGGCAGAAGUGCUGGAGAACAUGAAACAGAUCCACUACGCCGCCCUCACCUCUAACCUGGCCAAGGGAGGAGAGAGACCCUCGUCUGUGUCGGGCCCCAAGGUCCGCCGCAGUCUGGACGCCAUCCCGGAGACCAUGCCGGAGAAGGCGGUCGAGGAAGACGACAUCACGGACGAGGAGAACUGAGGAAUCCCCGAAUCCCACAAAUCCUCUCCCAGGGGUCGGAAAGAUCUCAGCGCACCUCACCCGCAGGACGACCUCCUUUAACUUCCCGUCCCCGUCCCCUUCCCCCGUCUCGGGUCAGGUGGGUGUCGACGAGGCCGAAACUUCGCUCCAGCUCCUUCUACAAGCACAAACUUUUGAGUAUUAGGAGGAAUUAGUUCCCGGAGCCGUGAAUGUAUCGAGACGUCGCGUGCGCGAGGAAAGAAGGAAGCUGUUUACAAUAAAGAACUACUUUGUGUUCUGUCUGCCAAAAUAGUAUGUGUGUGUAUAUACAGUAUAAAUAUAUAUAUGGAGAUCUGUUACCUUUUUUGCUAUGUGAACUUUUAAUGGAUCAGAUUAUUUUGUUAUGAGAAAUGGAUGUUUUAAAGAGCUCGUAUUUUAUUUGCUUGUACAGAACUUGAGACGUGGAUCCUGCGAGACGGCCCCCGGGCCCUUUACGGGCUUUUUUUUUAAAUUAUUUGUACAAACGCAGGAGGGAUUUUGAGGAUGCGGUUCGAGAGAGAAUCUAGUUUUAGAAAUUACCAGCAGCUACUGUACAUGUGAGUAGAUGAGAGUCUCCGGGAACGACUGUUGUGUCUCUUUGGCCACGCGCGCGCAAGGCAGAAUUAAAGUGCGCGUACGUGCAUUUACGAAUCCAAAGCAACUAACAAACGAAGAACUCCUCAUAUUGUCAUUCUGUGUGCGCCGAAUACAGGACUGCAGAAUCUGCGUUACGCAUUUCCUAAAACAGGAACACAAAGCUCAACCCAGUGGCCCUUAAGCAUAAACCGAACAUUUAAAAGCCCCCCUUAAUUUAAAGGAUUAAAAAUAGUUUUAAUAAUAAUUUAUUGGGAAUGUGGCGUACCAGAAAGAAAUUAUAUUCACUAUUAAAAUGCCCUAAAUGUUUUUGGGAUUGUAUUAAUUGACUUUUGCAGGUCUAGCAAUUCAAAAAUAAUUAAAAGAUCCUUCGUUUCACGUUAAGGAUUCAACUGAAUCCUCGAUCCUAAUUUUACUUAUAAUUUAUUACAUUUAUAAAAUAUAAGAUAUACAUAAUGUUUUACGAUUGCAUAUUUUUUCCAGAAUUUAAAACCAUAUAAGACUUAAUUUAAGGUUACGAUUAUUUUUUCACAACUUAAAGCGUGCAUAUUUGCUCAAAUAAAAUAGUACUGACUGACUGGAAACGUAACAUUAAUUCAGAGGAAAAUGAUCAUUUUUUUAAGUCAUCUCGAGGCCCGUGUUGAGAACCAUCGAUAGUAGCUCGGUGUUAUUUUUUUCUAUUUUCACCCAAAAAAUAUAUUAAAAAAAUACAGUUUUAGCCUUUCUACUUAAAAAUGCUCCUUGCCGUUUCUUGAAACCACAUUGCACUCAUAAAUCGCUGGCGAAUAUGAACGUAACUAGAAAGUAGCGUAAGCGAGUAGCAAACGUAUUUCCCUUCGGCGUGUGUGUGGCCUUUGAGAGCGGACUGAAUGCCGUACGUCGAGUGUUACGGUUUAAAGCUUCUCGAGCAUUCCUGGAAACCACGCUGUUGAUGUGUGUACGGCUACCGUUCAGAUGAGAUUCUUCCUCGUUGCUGAAGUUCCGUCUUACAUUGCCUUUUUUUUUUUGAACCCGGCUUCUUCUAGCUGCUUCCGGUUUGUAAGUGUUUGUUUCCGGCUCAUUCCGUUGGUCUUCUCGUUGUGCCAUUCUACUGUUGGACCCUGUGAACCACUUUCAUUGGAUUUUACACGUUGUGACCAGAGAUUAAACUGGACAUGAAAAGAAACAAGUUUGUUUAUACAUUUCAGUGCUGUUAUUGUGUAUUUAUAAUUAUAGUUAACCAUUUAUACCAGUAAGGAGUGGAUGAUAGUUUCUAAGAGAAUAUCAGUUUUGUUUAACUCUGUUAAGACCCAAUGCUCUGAAAUAAACCAUGUUAAGUACAUUCUU